AUGUUUGGUAAGCUACAUUCUCGAAGUAGCACCAUUCAUACUCACUUACUUCGGAGGGUGGCGCGCCCUCCCAUUCGUUACUUACCAGCCAUGAUUCUGCUAUUUCUAUUACCAUGGGUCAUAAUGCUCACUUUAAACGUUAUAACAAAUUGUCAGAAGUUUCCAUUAAGCAAGAAGUUGUCGAAGUCCCGGUCUGCCGCAAAGGGAACAGCCACUCCGACUCCAGAUAGUAAAAUAUCCAAGAAAGAAGAGAAGAAAGAGGAAGAUAAGGAUAAAGACAAGGAUAAAGAUAAGGACAAAGAUAAGGAUAAAGAGAAGGACAAAGACAAGGAUAAAGAAAAAGAGGAAGGAAAUGAGAAGGAGAAGGAAAAAAAGGAAGCUUCCGAGAAAGAGAAAACUGAGAUGAAAGAAAAAGAGGAUAAGAAAGAUAAAGAUGAUGAGGAUGAUGAAGAUAAAGAAAGGGAAGAAAGGAAAAAGCGUAGACAGCAAAAGGAAGAAAAACUGAAAAAAGAACGUGAAUGUAUGAUAAAAGAAGCACUCGAUAAAGGAAACCUUCGCCCUGCAGAUGACAACGAAACAGUCAACGAGUGCCAAAGCGACUGGAAUGGACCUGUAGCAAAGAGGAAAACGUAG